GCGAGAGGCGAAGAUCGCUUCAGGUCGACACAUCGCCACACUUUUCAGCGUCGCUUUGAGUUUCGGCGAAAACGGGCGUAAAGAGCUCAGUGUCCGUCGUCCGAUUGAAGUUCAGAGGGGGACCUCUGCAAUCGUACCACACGUUACGGUUGCUCUUUGCUGUCUGAGAAGGAGGAAACCCCUCCAACAGGGGAUUCCUAGGGUAACAAUCAGCUUGAAUGUCUGCAGCCAAGAUCCAACAGCCUGUUUACAAGGUGUACGAGCCCGGGUACCAUUCGCACCGGACAAUCAUCCUUGACGAGCAUAUUGAAUCGCCGGAAACUCUGACAAUCCGGCUGGAAGAGGAAGCGGCCCGAAACGGAGGAGACCUCGGCGGGGGAUGUCCGCCUGGUCUCCUGCCAAUGCCCAUGGCCGCGUAUAAGGCCCAGCCGCCCCAGCUGCAUGCAGGCUAUGCAGACUCGACCUACUCGCAAUAUCCUUCCCAGUCUUUUCCAACCCAGCAAACGGAAAAUGCGGCCUCGCAGCUCAAUCAGAUUGCUUUCGCGGCCAGCAAUGAGGCGGCGGGACAGUACCUCGCAACACAGGUGACGCCUGGGAUCAGCAUCAGCGUCCUUUCGUGUCGUCCGAACAGCGGUCUUGCGGGGACGAAGGUGUCAGUCAAAGCGACAUGCCAGUACGACCUUCUCGGAAGCGGCCUGGGCGCGCCCGCGCCGUUUGUGUCACUCGUCUUCGGAUCACAGAGAUGCGCUGCGCAAGUUUCCAGGGACUCGAGAGAUGCAAACGGCGUCUGCACUUACACCGUCGUAGCCGAGGCCCCGCCAUUCUUGAGCACGGGCUGCCCGUCCCUCAACAAUGUUCCCCUGACGCUCGCGCUGGAAAAUGGAAAUGGAGAGGAAAUGGCACGGGUCGGCAACGUUGGAGUCUUCUCAUAUCACGAGGGAGGGGGCACCUUGGGAGGGAAGGUGUCUGAUGACAGCAGCCCGCCCGACCUGGCUUCCCCCAAGACCCGAUCGCCUGCCCACCGUGCCAGCCCAACUCACCAAGCCUCGCACGGCCGAAGGAAGUCGGACAGUCCCCUUUCUCAUCACGGAUUGGCCGAGGAAACAGCUACCAACACAUACGGCUUUGGACCUAGCGUCACGGCCGCCAACGCCGCAGCACAACAAAUCCAAGCCCAAAGCCACGCACACGCCGAUUUUUCCGCUGCCGCGGCCGCAACCACUGGAGCCUACGGCCAAGGGAGCAACAGCAUGUUGUCCUCCUACCGCGGACCGUCCUUCGCGGAUCAUUACUCGCGCACGCCCUCGAUGCUCAGGUCACCGCAGGGGACGGGAUGGAUGUUCAACAACCAGCUAGACCACCCCCUCCGAGCGUCGUCUUCGGCCCUUGCACACGGUGCACACGUCCCCGUGUCUCGUUCGAGCCUGACACCGCUGCAGCACCCGCCAUCUACCACACCACAGCUUAUCCGGACCAGUACGUUGACCCAACCGGCAGGAGGAUACCCCGGCUACGGCGUGUACCAGGAAAAGGCAACGCUCAAGAUCAUUGGCGACUUGUCGUCCAUGGCAGAAGGCUGGACCCAGGAAGAAUGGGAAAACAAGCGCAGACUGGUGCUGUUCCGGAAGCAGCAGACCGGCAGCGUCUUGACAGUCAGCUUCAAGCCCGUGAGCGUGGCGGAGCGGCCGCCGCACAGCAUCUGCAUCAGCUGCAUUUGGUGGGAAGAGAAACAGGCGUGCUACGUAACAUCCGUUGACACCAUCCACCUGCUCGAGCAGCUCCUCGCCGCGCCGAACAGGUUUGGCGUCGACGAGAAGAACCGCAUCCGCAGAAACCUCGAAGGGUUCCGCCCGGCAACGGUCAGCAAAUCCCGCCCCGAGAGCGAGGAGUUCUUCAAGGUGAUCAUGGGCUUCGGGAACCCCAAGCCGCGCAACAUCGAGAAGGACGUGAAGGUGUUCCACUGGAAGGACCUGUCCGGCGCCCUCUACAAGAUCAUCUCCAAGUACAGCGCCUCGACGACGACCGUCAUGACGCCGACGACGUCGCCCCACGCCGCCACCACUAUGGGGCUCAGCGGCAGCUACCCGGCCCUGCCACCAACGCCCGUCUCCACGACGUCGAGCGCGGCGAACGACGGAUCCGCAGCUGCGGGCUAUUUCGGCGGCGGCAGCGGCGGUCACCACCACGCCGACUCGCUCACGAGCCCCCGCACGCUCACCGGCAGCCAUUCCUCGUGGGCUGCGACAUACGGUGGGGCGGGCAAGACAAUGUCUCCAGCCCUCAAGACCAGCUCUCCGGGCGCCGGCUCGAACCUGCGCCUAUCAACCGCGCUUCCUGUAGUAUACGACCACCGGGCCUCCACACACGGCCUGACCUCGCCGUACGGACUACCAGGGCCUUCAUCUCAUCACUCCCAAACCACUCCGACGCACCAUCACGGGCACGGGGGAGGCUACUCCCACGCCUCUGGGCCCCCCGUCUCCCAGGGUCAGUCGAGGAACUGGGACGGCUACUCCGUCGCAGAUGGAUACCACCCCAGUCAGGCUGCCAGCGGCCAGGCUCACGGGUCGGUGUAUGGUAGCGGAGGGUACGGGGAUGGGGCACCUCGUGCCUGAGCGCGUGACCCCUCCCUCCUGUAUCGACACACUCUCUUCCCCUGCAGAAGUGUCCAGGGUGGGGUGGAGGGGGCUUUCAGGAAGGAAGC